AUGGAUGGACUUCCUCAAGUCAGACCUCAAGUUGACAAUGGAACUAUAGUUCAUAUUGGCACCAAGUGGCUAUUCAACUUCUUCCGCUAUUACAACGCAGAGCGACUCGACACAGAAAUACCAGCGGGAUCUCCGAUAGGCCGAGGCCUUUGUGACAACAACCAUAUUGACGGUGGUGACCCAUCCGACCGACUUGGGAGUAUCCCCUAUAUCGGGAAAUAUGGAUAUGAGCGAGGUCCCGGAAUAGUUGGAGGACUUUGA